AUGUUCGAGGACGACCCGGUCAUAGUGGAGCGCAUGGUGCGUUACUUCCGCAACCACGAGCACUCUGAGUCUACCCCAACUACCGCUCAAACUCCAGGAACCCAAGCCAUGGGCAACGCACGCUUCUAUGUUCUUGCCGACAGAUACAUCGCUGUGGGCAUGAAAGACUCCGCACAAGCCAAUCUCGAGGACUGCGUCUCAGAACGAUCGCCCCUCCUCCAAAUUCCUCGAGCAGUCCUCCAGGGGAUAACGGAUCUGGCGGAGGAAUGCCGGAGAAUGUCAACACUGGAUUGGGACCCUCCUGCUUUUGGCACGAAAGAGAAGUGUAAAGUUAUGAAGAACACGCGGCCACGCUCUGGGAUGGCUUCGAGCAGUAUGCUAGAGCGGACUAUAUCCCUUCAAGUGUUGCGAGUCAGGGAUAAGGGGAGCUCAAACGGUGUGGGUCAAGGGUCAAAAUGCGUUAUUGACAGAUGA